GCCUGAUGCAACCCCCAGAAGACCCAUAAUCAUGUCUCAGUCCAAACCCUCGAUCAUCCUUGUCACGGGCUCCUUCUGCCUGCCCGAGUUCUAUGAUGCUGUGACCACGCAAGUCGCGGCCCAGGGCUAUGAUAUCCAUACCCUUCGACUGCCCAGCGUCGGCCCGAACCCUGGGGAAAGCACCUCCCAUCUUCCCAACCCACCCACCAUGUACGACGACGCGGCGGCUAUUGCACGCGAAAUCGCACAGCGGGCGGAGCAAGGCAAGGAAGUGAUCGUGGUGGGUCACUCGUAUGGCGGGGUGCCGGUCGCCCAGAGCAUCGAGGGGCUGGUGAAGGAGGGCAGUGGGCAAAUUGGCGGGGUGAUCCGGCUGGGGUACAUGACGGCGGUGGUGCCGGCCCUGGGGGGUUCGACGUUGGACGUGCUGGGCCAAGUAGCCCCCGAGAAGCGCGGGAAAGUGCGACUGGAUGAAAACGGCUGGAUGUGGCAGGACGACCUCCCCGCAGCCGGGGCACGGUGCUUCUCCGACCUCCCCCCCGCCCAGGGCCUGGCGUUGAUCAAGCUCUUCCCGGCACACUCGGCCGCUAGCUUUGCCAACCCCUUGACGUAUGCGGGGUACAAGGAUGUGCCGGUUUCGUAUCUGAUCUGCUGAGGACAAAGUCAUCCCGCGCCAGGUGCAGGAAACGGGGAUCGAGUUGAUCAGGAAGGAGAGUGGCCGCGAGGUGGAUGUGACGGUAAUUGCGACGGCCCAUGCCGCCAUGACGAGUGCCCCGGAGCUGGUGGUGGAUUGGAUUUUGCGGUUGGCAGGGGAUAAAUGAGAAUAGAUACC